AUGGCAGAAGAGAUGAAUCACUCGAAGACAUCACUGCUUACCACAGAAGACGGCAACGAAGACAACAGUCGACAGCCACAGAUUUACGCGAAGAACUCAAUCGACAGAUUCGGUGAUGAUUUGUGUCAACUCUUGUUAUCAUACUUUCCACUCGAAGACCACAUCCGUUACGAAUGUCUGUCCAAACAGUUCCAGCGGACAGUCUUCGGGAGUCUUCGCCACAUUUGUAUUGACGACAAACUCAUGAGACGAUUGCCGAAGAGUAAUAUCCGCCAAAUAUUUGCCACAAUUUCCAUAAAGUGUGAAAACAUUGAAACCAUUGACUGUCGAGAUAUAGACUUUAGAUCUGAAGAACGAAUUGUCGAAGUGUUGAACGCAUUUCGAGACAAUUGCCGUCAUUUGCGGCAAAUUUAUUGCAAUUUAUGGCGAAUUACUUCAAUGCGUUCAUUGGGACCACUCGUCACACGAAUCGGUCGUAUUGAGUACUUUGCGGACAGCGAUUCGAUCACUUAUUGCCACCGAUUGUCACGAUUGCGGAUUAACUUAUUAAGAGAUGUGUUUGAUAGACAUAACGGCACUCUUAUGGCGAAGAGUUUGCAUUCAUUUGAGUUAAGAGACUAUUUGUACACUAAUUCAGAUAAACACCGAUUGUCUGCAUUCGUGGCACAGAAUCUAUGUCUUAGAAGCGCUGUGUUUAUGGUUUACGACACUUUCCAUCAACUGUUCCAACAAUUGUCACGAUUGACACAAUUACGGGAAUUGAGACUCACUUUAUUGCUAACGAUUGGCGACAACUCAUUGUCCGAACUACCGGCGCUGCAAAUGCUUAUCAUCAAUGUCUACGCAUGCGGUGAUCUUUGGGAUAAUGAUUUCGAGGAUCUGUUGUCCAGAAGUCCUAAACUAAAAGCCAUUGAAUUCAUUGUGAACUCCUAUCGGAGGACUUUCAUUGUAUAA